AUGGAGGAUGAAAUUAUACAUGGAAAAUGUAUCGAAAUUAACGUCGAAAUUGUCAUUGUUGGGAUCAAUCCAGGACUGUUUGCUGCCUACGUUGGACAUCAUUAUGCUGGGCCAGGAAACCACUUCUGGAAAUGUCUGUACCUGUCAGGACUGAUCCCAGAACCCAUGAAUGCUUACCAGGAUCACGAACUGCCCAAUUUUGGCAUUGGCUUCACAAAUAUUUGUGCUAGGACCACAAGAGGAAGUGCAGAUCUGAAGAGGACUGAAAUCAAGGAGGGAGCCGGUAUACUAAAGGAGAAACUACAGAAAUACAAACCAAAGAUUGCAGCAUUUAAUGGAAAAGGUAUUUAUGAGGUGUACUGUGGCCACAAGAACUUCAUUCUGGGUAAACAGCCUGAGCCAGUGGAAGGAACAAAUACAAUGGUAUAUGUGAUGCCCUCGUCCAGUGCUCGAUGUGCUCAGCUGCCAAGAGCUGUUGACAAAGUCCCUUUCUACCUGGCCUUGAAGAAGCUGAGGGACUACUUGCGAGGAGACCAACCGAUCCUUGAUGAGUCUGAAGUGUGUUUUCCGAACCUGGAACUCAAGAUUAAAACUGAGCCCAAAGUUGAACUUGAUGCCGAUGGCCAACCUAUCAAAACUGAGCCAAAACCAAAAGCUGAAGCAAAAUCCAAAUCCAAAGGCAAGAAAAGUAAAGCCCAAAGUCAAUCCCAAACUAGUCAGCCCCAGAACAUUCCAGUACCAACUAGUCAUGGCCAGACGGCCAAUGGGAUGUGGUCUGCAGUGAAGCAAGAGAAGCCGUAUGAUCCAAGUGAGUAUGGCGGGCAGCCCUACGGCACUCCGAUAUCUGCUGCUUGUUCUGUUCCCUUGUCCACUCAAAUGAUGCCAGUGUACCAAAACGCCCACAUAUACUCCCAGCCAAAUGGGCAGAGUAGCGCACAGGGUCAAAUAACCAUCCACAAUGGCACAAAAUCCACACCUCAAGAUGCUAUGGGAAGGACUGUACCAAACACAACAGCAGUUUUCUACCCGGGGUCAGCGCAGCCGAUGUACCAAGGGCAGAUGUACUCCCAGGGGUCUUUCUUACAGCAGUUACAGGAACCCAACCUGUCCAAUGACACAAACUCACAGACCUGGCAGUAUCCCUCCUUCUCUGCCAAUCAAAUCCUGGAUGACAACUCAGCCAAUAAGACGACAGAAGGCAAUGAUUCAUCUCAAGUUGUCCAGAUCAAAACAGAACCUGAGGAUUAUGGCUAUACUGAGAUUCCUUUCAAUAGCAUGUAGCAGUUUGUCAUCCUGUCAUUGUGUACACUGAUCAUACAAAUAUGUCUGUCAGUUCACGAGAUGGCGUACAGCUCAGGGUGUUUUGCAAAACCCAUCAUCGUGCUACGACUGGUGUAACUGAAACCUUCAGGUGUAAUGUCAGAUUUCAAAGCUCCAUAUCACUAGUGAUUAUUUGGAAUUGAUCCUGAAAAACAUCUUUCCAUAUCAUCAUGGUGACUAUGUCAAAUAUCCAGUAAAAUACUGACAGCAAGGAUCUAUCUGGACCUGCUAGCAGACUGAUAUCUAACCCCAGUCUGCUAAAAAUGUCAGUUAAAAAUCUUAAAUUUGAAUGAAAUUAUUUCCAUCUGCUGUUUUCAUAGAUUUAAAAUAAAUAAUUUUAUGGUUAUAUUUUU